UGAGUGCGGUUGCGAAGCCUGGGCCUGGGGCCUGGCGGGCAGGGCGUGGGGCGCGCGGGAGGGAGAGGGACUCGCUCGGCGGAGCGCCGGAGAGCGCAAGGGCCAGAGCAGCGCCGCUCGCCGCCGUCCGCCAGUGCCUUGAGCCGCGCUGUGCCUCCGCCCGCGCUUCGGCGCCUCGGCCGCCGCUGCCCCCGAGCUGCGCCUGGGCCCGCCGGCGGGCCCCGAGGGACUGGUGAGUGUGAGGGAGGAGCGGGCAGUGUACGGCUGCAGGGGAUGUGAGCGUGCGGGCAUCCUCGAAUUGGAGACAACAGGAAAAACCGGAUGGUUUCUUUUAAAAUGAAAACCUGCCUUCGUUUUAUGGCGGGAUAUGGUGUUUCCCUCCCCCUUCCCGAAGGCAGUUCCACACCUUCCCUCUUCCCCGCCCCCUCCCACCUCCGGGACUCCUCGGCCUGGGCUUGCCUCAGCCUCCUGCUGAUAUUUAACUUGUGAUGCCUCUGGGAUCGGGUCCUGGGAGUCUCCUCAAUGCCCGCUGCUAGUCGCCUGGGCUCGGCCUUUCCAGACCGGCUGUCUCCGUGCGUGGCGUGGGGCGGGGCGACUCCUGUCGGCCCCUCCGAUGGGAACGUCCUGCGUCAUCUGCGCUGCGGACGCCCCUCAGUGCCACGCUGGCUCUCCCGCCCCACGGGCUGCCUGGAGACCCUCCAGGCAUUUCACCAUCUGCGGACAUUUUCCUGUAAUUCAUUUUUCCUCACUCCAGUAUUAAGAAUUAUACCAAAUUAAAAAGAUAUGAAUGAAUAUCCUAAAAAAAGAAAAAGGAAGACUUUACACCCUUCUCGUUAUUCAGAUUCCUCUGGAAUAAGCAGAAUUGCAGAUGGAUUCAAUGGAAUUUUUUCUGAUCAUUGUUACAGUGUCUGUUCUAUGAGACAGCCAGACUUAAAAUAUUUUGACAACAAAGAUGAUUCUGAUGUGGAGACAUCAAAUGAGUUGCCAAAAUUUACAGAUGGAAUCAAAGCAAGAAAUAGAAAUCAGAACUACCUGGUCCCCAGUCCUGUUCUUAGAAUUCUAGACCACACUGCCUUUUCUACAGAAAAAUCUGUGGAUAUUGAAAUUUGUGAUGAAGAGUGUGACUCACCUGAAUCAGUCAACCAGCAGACUCAAGAGGAGAGUCCUAUAGAAGUUCACACUGCUGAGGAUGUUCCAAUUGCUGCAGAAGUGCAUGCAAUUUCCGAGGAUUAUGAUAUAGAGACAGAAAACAAUUCUUCUGAGAGUCUCCAAGACCAAACUGAGGAAGAGCCACCAGCUAAGCUUUGUAAAAUUCUUGACAAGAGCCAAGCUUUGAAUGUGACUGCCCAGCAGAAAUGGCCUUUACUGAGAGCUAAUAGCAGUGGCCUCUAUAAAUGUGAACUUUGUGAAUUCAAUAGCAAAUAUUUUUCUGAUUUAAAGCAACAUAUGAUCCUGAAGCAUAAGCGUACUGAUUCAAAUGUGUGCCGAGUAUGCAAGGAAAGUUUCUCUACCAACAUGCUUUUGAUUGAACAUGCCAAACUACAUGAGGAGGAUCCCUACAUUUGUAAAUACUGUGAUUAUAAGACAGUAAUUUUUGAGAACCUUAGCCAGCACAUUGCAGACACCCAUUUCAGUGAUCACCUCUAUUGGUGUGAGCAGUGUGAUGUACAGUUCUCCUCAAGCAGUGAACUCUACCUACAUUUCCAGGAGCACAGCUGUGAUGAACAGUACUUGUGUCAGUUCUGUGAACAUGAAACAAAUGAUCCAGAAGACUUGCAUAGCCAUGUGGUGAAUGAACAUGCAUGUAAAUUGAUAGAGUUGAGUGAUAAGUAUAACAGUGGAGAACAUGGACAGUACAGCCUCUUAAGCAAAAUUACCUUUGACAAAUGUAAGAACUUCUUUGUAUGUCAAGUAUGUGGUUUUCGAAGUAGACUUCAUACAAAUGUGAACAGACAUGUUGCUAUUGAACAUACUAAAAUUUUUCCCCAUGUUUGUGAUGACUGUGGGAAAGGCUUUUCAAGUAUGCUAGAAUAUUGCAAGCAUUUAAAUUCACAUUUAUCUGAAGGAAUUUAUUUAUGUCAAUACUGUGAAUAUUCAACAGGACAAAUUGAAGAUCUUAAAAUUCAUCUGGAUUUCAAGCAUUCAGCUGACUUACCUCAUAAAUGUAGUGACUGUUUGAUGAGGUUUGGAAAUGAAAGGGAAUUAAUAAGUCACCUUCCAGUCCAUGAGACAACCUGAUUAUUCUCUCUAUUUAAUUUUCAUUAUGUCAAUGUAAAAUAAUAAAUUCACCCUUUUUUUGAAGAUGUUAAAAUGGAUGAUUUUAAACAUAACUUAUAAGAAUUGCCUUUAACACUUAUAUGAUUUUUUAAAUAGUCCAAUUUUCUUGUCAUUGGCAGAUUUUUCAUUAUAUAAUUGCAUCUUAAAUAUAGUAUUGUCAAUUGCAUGGUAGUUGGUAGUUUUAACCACUCUUAGUGACUGUCAUCCUGUUACUUGCAUGUGCUCUGAUUUCAUGAAUUGAUAAGAAACAUGUAUUGAAGAAAUUAUACUACAGUUUUCCUUACAUACACAUAGGUGCCAUUAAGUUUUGUUUUUUGUUUUUUAACACAAGACAAGCUCAGUUUUCAGUGAUAAAUCACUUUGUGUAUCAAGUCAUUGAAGUGACUACUAGAAAUGAAAUGCAAUACAAUAUACAAUUAAGCCCACUGGUGCUCCCAUUAAAAAGAACCCAGACUCUCCUUUUACAUUCACCACCAAUUAUUAUCCCCAAAGCCAUCAGUGGACCUUCCAUAUCUGUGAUUCUUUUAAUACCACUAGAAACCCAGUAUUGUAGGAAGAAAAGUCCAGUUUUCUUGGCAGUCCGUUUUUGUUUUUGUUUUUUAAUUAUUCCCACCUUUUUUUUUUAAGCCCCUAUACUUACGUGUUAAGUAAGGUUGAGGGGAGGGAGGAGCAAGGAACUGGUAAGGGGUCAGACAAAAAAAGAAAAUAACCAUAACUCACUCAUAACCCAUUAUCUUAGCUUUUAGUUUUUAUACAAUUGCAGCAUUGUACCCAAACUUCUAAUGUCAAAUCAAAUCAUUUGUUCACUAACAGAACCCACUGAAGUAUUAAUAUAGAGUUAGGAAGGUCUGGGAGAUAAAGGGAAUUACUUUUGAUAAUGGUAAAUUAGUCUUAGCUUCUGAAAUAGUAUCAAGAAGAUAGAAUUAUGUGUAUCAUUGGCCCUAAAUUUUAUCAAACUGCUACUGCUGCUAACAAUAUCAUCCAGGUAUAUUGAUAUGCUUGAAAAAGACCAAUUUAUGACCUUUGUUUUUCCACUCCAAAAAUCAUGGGAAUUUAGUUUAUUUUGGGAAUGGUGGCUGUAACACUCAUUUUCAAAACCUGUCAUUUUUAUCUCUACUAUUUUGUCAGAUAGGCAUACCUGUUUCAAGAAACUACCAUUCUCUCUGAUUAUAACAUUCCAGGUAAGCUGUCUGGAACAAAUGUUUGUUAGAAGACUUACAAGUGUAACAGUUUAAAUUGAAAGAGAACCAUCUGGCGCCAACCCUCUAGUUUUCUGAGUUUCUUAUAGAAAUAAAAACUUAGGUUGUUAUUAGCCCAAGGUCGUAUAACCAGUUAUAGCAGACAGGAAUGGAAUCCAGGCUACUUGGAUUCCAGUCUACUGAUAUUUCCAUUACACCAUGCUACAUAAAGCUAAGCUUUGUCCUUGGGUGUUAUUCAUAACCACUUCAAGCUUCUUGGUUAUUCUGUUUUUAUGCUUUUUCUGUACACAUCCAACUUUAGGAAUUUGGUUUUCAGGAAACCUUAAUUAUUCAAUACCUUGGUGUUUUUGUUUUUUCAACUCUGUAUUUUAUCUCUAUAUUUGAUCAUUAUGUGUUGUGGAUCGAAUCAAAGAGACUGUAAUACAACUACUCAAAGGACAUAAAUUCAAAUUUUAGAACAAUAUUGUAUUUUAUGAUGAGUCUGCUGCUUGAUGCCACAUCCCACUUGCAGUUUGUCCAAUAAAAACUUCUGCUUUGA